CUCAAUAAGACUCGGCCUGCUUACAAGUGUCGUCUCCCUUUUUUUCCCCGGACAUCUCUUCUCCUCCUUCUUCAUCACACUCAUACAUUCACCCUCUGCCAUACCAAAGAACUCAUUGAUCAUGUCUCCUUCUGCUACUGCCCCCGUACUCAAAGAGAACCUCACUCUCAAAGCCACACACGAGUCCAAGCUCGAGCUGAUCCGUAGUGAGCCCAAGCUUCCCGGAGAGGGCCAAGCUCUGGUACACGUCAAGGCUACAGGUGUGUGCGGUUCUGACGUGCACUUCUGGAAGCAUGCUGGACUCGGCCCCUGGAAGAUCACCGACAAGACCGCUCUCGGCCACGAAUCUGGCGGUAUCGUCAUUGCCAUUGGUCCCGGUGUCGAGCACGUCAAGGUUGGAGACAGGGUCGCCAUUGAGCCCGGAGUCCCCUGUGGAAAGGUCACCUGCACUUACUGCCGAAGUGGUCAAUACAACCUGUGCCCCACUGUCGACUUCUACUCGGUUCCCCCCAUGGAUGGUACUUUGACAAGGUACCACGUUCACCCGGCCGCUUGGCUGCACAAGGUCCCCGACUCCAUGUCGUACCCUGAGAUCGCCCUUCUCGAGCCUCUUAGUGUCGUGCUGCGAGCCACUGACCGAGCUGACAUCAGGCUCGGAGACCCAGUGCUGAUCACCGGAGCUGGCCCUAUCGGAGUCUGCCAGCUGCUGUGUGCCGCUGCCGCUGGUGCCUCUCCCAUUGUCAUCACUGACUUGGCACAGGAGCGUCUCGACUUUGCCAAGAAGCUCUGCCCAGAAGUGCACCCCUUCAAGAUCGAUCUGGCUCUGACACCAGAGGAGUCUGCUCGCCAGAUCGUCAAGCUUUUCACAGCCGCUACCCACGGCGUGGGAGGAGAGACGAUGCCUUCGAAGGUCUUGGAGUGCACUGGUGUGGAGAGCUCGAUUGCCGUGGCUUCUUACGCCUGCCAGCCCGCAGGUCUCAUCUUUGUUCUGGGUGUAGGCAAGUCGCAUCUGAGCAUUCCGUUCAUGCACCUUUCCACGAACGAGAUUGACCUCAAGUUCCUAUUCCGAUACCGCGACACCUGGCCAAAGGCCAUCCGUCUCGUAGCCUCGGGCAAGAUUCCCUCGCUGAAGCAGAUUGUCACCCACACUUUCCCCUUGGAGAAGGCAAAGGAGGCCGUGGAGCACUCUGCCGACCGUAAUGUCUUCUCCGUCAAGACGCUCAUCGUAGACGAGGAGGACUAGAUAGUUCGGCAGACUUCCUCAUCAUGUAGACUUCGCUAGCUUUCACCAAAUCGCUUCUUGCUCCACUUGCACUGAAUCGCUUCGUGUUCCACUGGCUGCUCGGGAGGAGUAAUCGCCUCACAUAGACUGUUGCGAUGCUCCGUCCUGAUCUCGUAUCUGCC